AUGAGCUUCACAUGUCAAAUGGCAAUAUUAGAUAGGAUGACACGAAAACGAAAACGAUGCGAGCCAGGAAGGGUUUUUAUAAGGGCUUGGACAUCUAAAAAUGAGGAAACUAAUUACUCACUUAACUUCUGUAGCGAAAAUGGGACUAUUUGCUACAAAUCUCAGCUCACUUCAAUAAUGCCAUUAAUGGAAGUUAAAUAUAUUGAAAAGGGAAAAGCCAUAUUUAAAUUCCCAUUAGAUAACAAUCGCACAAUUCUGGUUGAGAACGCGCCUGUUAACCAGCUGAGAUUCAUCGGACACAUGUUGAAUGAGCUUGCAGCGAGAAAUACAAUUCAAUAUGGUAUUGUAUACGAGAAAGCGCUUUUUCAACCGGGACCAGAUUUCGAGGAAAUGAUAAAAUUGGGAUUAAUUAGGAAUCAAUUCAACGGACAGAUAAGAACGAUUCACGUUGAACCCGGAUCAAUAAAGCAGCUUCAUCCGCAUUUCCAUCUUGCCUCUAGUUUGUGCAGACUCGUACUCCGCGGCAACAACUUUCUUGAAAAUACAAAAUUGGAUGAUUGCGGAAUUUUCAAGUGUCUAAAACAUCUCGCUUCUAUUGAUGUGAGCUCUUGUGAAAUUGGAAACGUGCCGACGAACCGUGUGAUUGUGCUGUUUGAGAGUCUGCAGUUUUUGGAUUUUUCAAGAAACCCUGUGAUCGCAAUUCCGAGAUCUUUUUUUGGACGAUUGUACAACUACGAAGCUGUAAUAUUGUAUGAGACGCUACUGUUUUCACGAGAAGCUGUGCCGAACAAUAUAAAUCUGUUCGAAGAAGUCAAACACCCGUUUGGAAAAGUUUACACUGUGGGUAACGUUGAUAAAUUAUGGACUAUAGCAUCGAACGUGAUCCAUCAGAAUAGGCUGUCAUUAUGCUUACCAUGCUAUCAAAAAGAAAGAAAAAUUAUGGAAAUCAAUAUUGCCGACUUGUAA